AUGGGUCUUGGUAUUGGGCUUGGUCUGGGUAAAGGGCCCGAUAAUAUUUCUGAUCCACCAAUUGAGUCAAGGCCAUUACUCAUGGGCCCACAGGAUUUAAUCCUCAAUCGGCCUCAGCAAUUCUUCUUCGCCAGCAAGCCUGAGAUUAUUUACAACUCUUCUUCAGACGUUUCUCUGCUCAGCACUUCCAUUCCAACAGCUCCAUAUAGUUUCUCUGCUCAUCUUCCUUCUGGCCUUGAGUCUGAAAAGGCUAUGGAAUUAUUUACAAAUCAAGAGAAUCCUCAACUGUUAGAAGAUUUAAGUAUUCACUGUGAAAAGAAUCCUAUGCAGAUUGAAAAAUCAGUAAGAUUAUCUGAUGAUCCCAACUAUAAGGAAAAUGUCCUCAGUGAGAACUCAGCUGUAUGUAUCACAAAUGCUCAACGUCAUUCUCAAGUCAAUAUUUCUUCCAAAAGACAGCAACAAGUUGAAUUUUCUGAAGCUCCAAAAAGAAAGUCACAGCGUCUCCUCAAAGUGGAACAAACAGAUCCAAAACCACACUCUGAUGACACUUCAAUGGCACUUGCUCUUCUGGAAUUACAGUCUGUUUACUCUGAUCCUACACAUCAACCUUGGAUGAUUACAUAUGUGUAUGCGCCGGCCCAAUGGAACAAUAAAGCUGGCUUUUGGAGCCAUUUGGAUUCAUUAUAUCAAGCUUUUCCAGGGCCUUGGAUUUGCUUGAGAGAUUUUAACGAUCUCAUUGAUCAAAAUGAAAAAUCUGGAGGAAGACCUAUCUAUUAUAAUCCUAAUAAGGGUCUAAAAGCUCUUAUGGACAGGAAUGGUCUUAUAGACAUUGGCUAUAUGGGACCAAAAUUUACAUGGACAAAUAAUAGACAAGGUCAAGCGCUCAUACGAGAGAGAUUAGACAGAGCCAUUGCAAAUCAAGAAUGGAGAUUACUGUUUUUAGAUGCUACUUUGCAACAUCUUGCAUCCUCAGCCUCAGAUCACCAUCCAAUCCUGUUAUACACUACAGCUAAUACUCGUCAAGCUCCUUCUUUCAAGUUUGAAGAAUUCUGGACUCGAGAACCUUUAAGCCAUCAAAUAAUCAGUGAAGCAUGGAGUAAACAUCACUUCGGCAAUCCGUCUUAUAUUCUAUGCAAGAAAAUCAAGUCAACCAAGGAAGCUCUCAAAGUCUGGAAUAAAGAUCACUUCGGGAGGAUCAACCACAAUAUACAUCAACUCGAAAGUGAACUUCUUGAAGUACAGGAAGCCGAUAUGACUCCUUCAAAUCAAGAGAAAGAAAGUUUUUUGCAACAUAGAAUUCACAAGCAAAGAAAAUAUGAAGAAAUCUUAUGUAAGCAAAAGUCUAGACUCACAUGGCUUACAUCGACGGAUUUAAACACCAAAUUUUAUCAUCUAACAACCACCAUCCGGCGAAGAAGGAAUGCUAUCGACUCAAUCAAAUUGGCGCCAGGUAAUUGGUCAAUGGACUCUACUGUUAUAGAGACUUCUUUUAUUAAUCAUUUUAAAUCUAUAUAUUCCUCUUCAAACCCAAAUGUUCCGGAACAACUGGAUAAUCUCUUUGAAAAGCAAGUUUCGGAUAUAGAGAAUGAAUCUCUAAGUGCAAUACCAGUUGAAGAGGAAAUAUUAGAAGCUCUAAAACAAAUUCCCAGCAAUAAAGCUCCCGGACCAGAUGGAAUGACAGCUUUAUUCUACAAGCACUACUGGAAUAUUGUGAAACAAGAUGUUAUAUUGGCAGUUCAGAAUUUCUUUAUCAGUGGGAAGCUCUUAAAACAGAUCAAUCAUACCAACAUUGCUCUCAUCCCAAAGACAAACUGUCCAAAUAAUCCAAGCCAAUAUCGCCCAAUAAGUCUUACAAAUGUCAGCUACAAGAUCAUAACCAAAAUCAUGGCCAAUCGUCUUAAAAUUCUUCUCCCAAAAAUCAUCUCUCCACUUCAAACUGCCUUCGUCCCAGGUAGAAACAUUAAGGAAAAUACCAUUAUUGCUCAUGAACUAUUCCAUCACCUCAAAAAAAAAAAAAAAACAGGCAAAUCCGGUUUGAUGGCUAUUAAACUUGAUAUGGAAAAGGUUUUCGAUCAGGUGGAGUGGGAUUUUCUCUUUACAGUUAUGCUAAAUCUGGGCUUCAACCACAAAUGGAUAAAUCUGAUAAAGGAGUGUAUAACAACAGUGUCAUUCUCUAUUCUAAUCAACGGAUCACCAAGAGAUUUCUUCAAAUCUCAGAGAGGCAUUAGACAAGGAGACCCAAUCUCGCCAUUUCUCUUUAUACUGGUUACAGAAGCACUUUCUAGGAUCUUAUUAAAGGCUGAAGCGCAACAUAAGCUGGAAGGUAUUCGUAUCAGUAGAAACAGUCCUAUGGUAUCAUACUUAUUAUUUGCAGAUGACACAAUCAUUUUUGCUAAGGCUACAGAAAAAAAUGCUCGAAACAUCUCAGAAUAUCUUACAAAAUAUCAAAGCUGGUCAGGGCAGAAAGUAAAUUUGAACAAGUCUUCAAUGUUUGUCACCAGAAAUACCAAUCAGGCAAUAAAAACUUCUAUCUCUUUGUGGCUGCCUUUCAAAGCAUCAUCAGCCAGAAUGAAAUAUUUAGGAUUACCCACUUCUUUUAGCCGAAAAAAAAAAGAAAACUACAGUGAAAUGCUGGGCAAAGUGGGUAAAAAAUUGGAAGGAUGGAAGUCAAAAUUUCUAGCUCAGGCAAGCAGAACCAUGUUAAUCAAAUCUGUAGUAAGUACGAUACCAACUUACCAUAUGAAUACUUUCCUGCUACCCAAGUCAGUUUGUAAAUCUCUUGAUGCAGCUUUCAAAAAUUUUUGGUUGGGUUUCUCGAAAGACAAAACGCAUAAUUUGACACUGAAGUCCUGGAAAUCUAUUUGUCAACCAAAAAAAGCAGGUGGUCUUGGAAUCAGAUUAAUGGAAAAGAUGAAUCAAGCUAUGAUUGCAAAAACAGGCUGGGAACUUAGCGAACAGAUAAAUAGUUUGUGGAAGUCUAUGCUAACUGCAAAAUAUCUAAAGAACACAACAUUUUGGGAAGCUUCGCAGAAAGCAACAGACUCAUCUAUGUGGAAGGGAAUACUCAAAUCUAAAGAAUUACUUAUGAAAGGCCGAUGUUUCCAAAUCUAUAAUGGAGAAUCAGUAAAUAUUUGGUUGGAUCCAUGGAUACCUACACUGAUCAAUUUCAAACCAAAACCAUUACAAGGUACGGAUUUAGAACUUCCAAAUCUUACAGUUUUUGAUCUUAUCAUACAUAAUUCUAGGAUUUGGAAUGUUCCAAAAAUGCAAGCUCUCUUUGAUCAUCAAAGCAUCUUAGAAAUUCAAAAAAUACCACUACCAUUACGAGCAUAUGAGCAGGAUAAAGUGAUUUGGGUGUUAAAUCACAAUGGGCAAUAUUCAGUCAAAACAGCAUAUCAAGCUAUAAUACAAGAUCAAGUUCCACUUCAGAAACAUUCUUCAAUGAUACUUUUUAAGCCUAUGUGGAGUCUUAAAAUCCAUGAUCGUCAUAAGUUACUGAUUUGGAAACUUCUAUCAAAUAUUCUUCCUACCAGAACAAGAAUUGGUGAAGUCAUAACAAACCAAGAAACUGAAGAAUGUGUAUUCUGUAGCUAUGAGAAAGAAACACUAGUGCAUCUUUUUGUUGAAUGUCCAUUCAAUAGAAUCCUAUGGCAACAAAGCAGCUGGCCUCUAAAUUUUGCAAACUUGCCUAUAGAUUCUAUAUCAGACUGGAUCAAAAUGAUCAUCUAUCCGGACAAAGAAUUGAGACUUAAAAAAGAGGAACGACAUCACUUCCAGUUAUUUGCAGUCAUAAUGUUAGAUUUCAUUUGGAGAAAAAGAAAUGAUAUCGUUCAUAAUCACACUUCUCUAUCAAUUGAAGAAGCAAGCAUUCAGAUCAAAGGCACCUAUGAAGACUAUAAAGCUGCAUGGAAGGAAAAAGUUGAUCAACAAAGCAAAGACGAAAAUUGGCAUCCUCCUCCUCUAAACUAUCAAAGCUAUUCUUUUGAUGCAGCAGUACGGGAUCAAUUUUCAGUGGUCUCAGUAAUUCAAAGAAACCAUAGUGGAGAUAUUCUGGGAAUAUUAAUAGAAAAGGUACAAACUACAAUCCCUUUAAUUGCUGAAGCAAAAGCAGCGUUGUUAGCUGCUAAUAUAGCAUCAACUCAAGGAUUAGCAAUCAUUGAAGGGGAUUCUCAAUCAAUAAUCUCUUCCAUCGAAAGUCCAAACAUCUCUACAUUUUGGAACAUAUCAACUAUUAUUAAGGACAUCGAGCACUUAUCAAAUCUUUAUCAAAACUGGAAAUUUGUCAAGAUUCAUCGAUUCCAAAAUCGAUGUACGCACUCUGUUGCGCAGUGGGCAGCUACCAAUCUUGUUUUUGGCAGCAUACCUAUGGAUAAUAUUCCUAGUUAG